AUCUCUGGAGGCAGCCUUUAUCCAGCACAGACAGCCAGCUCGCGGCAUGGAUUUCUCAGUCGGUAAUUCAAUAUAUCAGUCGGUCGGUCGUUCAGUCGGUCCUCAGUCGCCAUCCAUCCCCACAAAACAUCGUAUUCACACCACACACGACAAAUGCACUUGAAGAAAAGCCCCCUCCCCUGCCGAUGGAUGCACUCACCGUGACGCUCGCCAACGAGCGACGACCCUCACUCCCAGCCCCGCCAGCACGAACACACCCAAAGCCGCCCCCACCCCACACGCAACCACCACGCGGCUGUCGUCCGGCAGCAGCAUCUUGCCCAGGAUGGCCAACAUGCCUUGUGUGUCGGUGGUGUUGUUGUUGUGCGGGUCAGUGAGUGUCUUGGUCAUGUACUGCCCCUGCCCUUGCAGGUGGUAGCCGAACUUGCGGUAGUACUCGCGGGCACCCACACCAGAUAUCACCGCUGCGCGACGAUAACCUGCACGCACCAAUCAAAUCAACGGUAGGGGGACGGAGAGAGAGAGAGAGAGAGAGGCGCCCGUGAUGUGUCUCUCUCUGUGUGUGUGUAUGUUGUGUGCACCUCUAUCCCAUGCGAUCUGUUCGGCUCGCUGCAGGAGCCGCUGGCCGAAGCCCACAUGCUGCGGCCGCACGUCCUUUCUGCCCUCGCGGCUCUCACCCACACCCACCAGCUGCCCUGCAGCACACCGAGCGCAAGACUCACGCCGCCCCUCUCUGCGUCUGUGUGUCGUGACUGUGUGUGUGUACCGUAGACGUGGACCUCGCGAAUGAGUGCCGCUCCCUCCAGCUCGGGGAAGACCGCCGUGGCCGCGUGGCUGUGUCUGUGCUGUUGUCUGUCGGGGAGCCUCAGCCUGAGGAAGCCGAAGAUGGUCCUCUGGUCCGCCGUCUCAAAACUCAGAAACACCUCCUCUCCGCCGAUCGUUGAGUACUCCCUCUCAGUCAGCACCGCCAGCCUACACAGACACACACGCACACACACAGGUGGAAAGAGUCACCGAUGAGUGUGUGUGCGUGUGCGUGUGUGUGUGUGUAUGUGUCGGUGUGUCGGGGGAUGCGAGGCGAUGUGUGGCACUGCAGGACAGGCAGACAGACCUGUAGUCGAUUUCGUUGGCCCUGACCUCGCGGCACCUGAUACAGCCGCACCACUGGCCCCGCCUCUUCAGCUCACUCAACAGCAGCUGCCUGCACACAAAGACACACACAGACAGAGAGAGAAGGACAGACAAAUAAGAGAGAGGGCGAGAGAGGGAGAGACAGAGGGGCACGUACCUGAGAUUGGUCUGGUUGUUGCCGCCGAUGAUAGACUGGUUUGGGAUGUCGCGGAUGACCCUGUUGAGCCGCACCCACGGCCGCACUUGCGGCUUCACCUCCAGCAGCAGAUCCAGCAGCAGGCGCCCGUUGUCGAUGUCAGCAUAAGGCUUGUACUGCCCGUCGUAAUACCUACCAUCAGCCAGAGAGAGAGAGAGAGAGAGAGACAGAGAGAGAGUGAAAAAGGCCGAGAGAUGUGCCGGAGAAAGGCCCUCGCUGACCAUACCAUUUCUCGAUCUUGGUGAAAGGGGUGACUUCGCAAGGGUAGAUCUUCCACUGGUCUGCCUGCAGGUCUGGGCUGUGGAUGAGGUACUGGAACAUCUCACGGUCCUUCUCAGGGUCGCUCCCUGGCAGGUCGGGCAUGAUGUGGAUGUCCACCUAGAACCAAGGAAGGAACCAGUGUGGUGUGCGCCAGGGGAGGCUCUUUGUCCGUCCUACUUUGAAAGCAGCGUCCUUGAGCAGCCGCACCGCCCGAAUGCAGUCCUCGCGCGUGCAGCCUAUUGGACACAGCGACAGACAGACAACACAUACAAACAAACAGCGGUGGCACUCAGCCAUCCAGCCAUCCAGCCAUCGCUGGCUACCUACCUCUGUUGAUGAUUUGCAGUAUUCUGUUGUCGACGUGCUGCACGCCGAUCUGCACCCUUGUGCAGCCAUAUCGGCGAAGCUUGCGCAGCUCCCACUUGGUAAUGAAGUCGGGCCGGGUCUCCUGAACACACACACACACACACACACACACAGAGAGAGAGAGAGAGAGCGAGCGGAAUUCUGUGUCUGGGGUCGUUCUGUCUGUUCGUGUGUGUCGACCGCCCUGUGCCCCUGCGUGACCGACCAGUGUGACGCCGAUGAUUCUGCACUUGGCCGUCUCGUUGCGGCUCAUCUCCUCCUCAAGCGACAGCCGAGGCCGCUUGUCGCGCAACACACGGUUCACCACACCACCAGACGCAGCAGCAGCAGCAGCGCCAUCACCGGGUUGAUUGGGAGGAGAGGGCGCCAUGAAGGCAUCCACGGCCUCCUGCUCCUCGUCGGGGGUAUCAUCACCAUCACCGCCAUCCGCCUCUUCCUCCUCAUUGGUCGUGCCGUUCAUCAUCGCGGUCAUGAUGGUGGCGUCGUCGGAGGCCAUGCUCGUCCGCGAGGGCUCUCUCUCAGUGGCCAAGACGUGCUUCUUGACGCGCUUGCGGACGGGGAAGGACAGCACGGGCUGAUUGCUGUCGGGGGCCGGUGCCGGUGGAGGGGCGGCUGCUGUGUCCGCGUCUGUGUCUUCGUCAAGGGCGAACGUGUUGGCCGCGUAGAAGAGGUCCCGGAUGAAGGUCUCCUGAUAUGAGGUGGGAUAGCUGCAGCAAUGCAUCCACACACACACACGCACACACACACACACACAGAGAGAGAGAGAGAGAGAUAGGAAUGAGCAAAGAUGACCGCCAUGACUCUCUCUCUCUCUCUCUCUCCCUCUCUGACCUGGACCAAGUGCCGCCCAGGACGAGUAUCUCAAUCUUGUCAACAGUGUGUCCGUUGCUCUGCAAAGUCUCGGCUCUGUCGAAGAACUGCGAUGCGGCGUCCCACCCGUUCUGGUUGCCGCGGAGCACUGCCGGCUCGGUCGACAGGUAGCUGCGCGGCUGGCCCGGCUCGUUGGGGCAGUAGUGGCAGUCCUUCGGGCAGCUGAAGGCGCCCGGGGCGGUCAGCACCGUUAUCACACACACGCCUGCACACACACACACACACACACACAGACAGAAGCAGACACCGCCCGCUCGUCGACGGCUGUGUGUCGGCCGCAGUGAUCGAUCAAUCCCUCACCCACCCGAAGAGCUCCUGACGUUUUUCUUCCUGCAGAACUUCUCGAGCAGCGGGCAUCUGGCGAUGGUGCCGCCCUCCAGCUCCUUCUCGUAGACGUGGAGCAGCUGCGCCUUGCCGGGGCAGGCCUGGUACUUCCUGCGCAGGUCCCUCUGCGCCGCCAGAAACUCCUUCUCUGUGCUGUACCCCUUGCCGCCGUCUGCGCCGUGGCUGAUGAGGUCGACGAGAAAGGCCUUGACGGUGUCGUAUGGGAUGCUGUUCUUGUCAGACUCGUAGCGGUCGUAACUCAGCCACUCCUGCACACACAGUCACCGGAUCAUACCAUCCACAGGUGUGUGUGUUGUGUGGUGCUGUUGGCUGGUUUGUUUGAUUCACCCGCAUGCUCUUCUGGAAGCUGUCCAGGUGGCGCUGAGGAAACGCACAGCCACAGCACGGCGCAUUCUGUCUGCCUGUCUGUCUGUCUGUCUGUGUUGCCUCGUGUGUCCAUCUAUUUACCUUCUUGUAGAAAUCUUGCUUCUCUUCCUUUGUCAUCGCUGUCGACUCCUCGGCUGCAGCAUCCAUCGCUGGUGUGUGGU